GAGCCGCAGGAGCACGUUUGGUGAGGCGCGCCAAGUACGCGCUCGCAAUCCAGCCUGCAGCGCAUUCUGAAGACUACGAGACAAGACCACAGACAUUUAAUUUCCUCAUUUGGACCUAUUUUUUCCAACCCAGUCUUAAAACAACGAAACUAACUUUUUUUGAAAUGCUUUUCCUCUGAUGAUUUAUUGAUCAUGGAUCCUCUCUACAUCACUUCGCAAAACUCAAGCGGCAACGGGACCGAAGGUUCAUUGGUCAAUGACACGGACGUGUUCUCGAACCAGUUCGUUCAGCCAGUGUGGCAGAUAGUUCUGUGGGCCAUCGCGUACUGCUGUAUAGUUCUGGUGUCAGUUGUUGGAAAUAUCACUGUCAUCUGGAUCAUUUUAGCGCAUAAGCGCAUGAGAACUGUGACCAACUAUUUUCUAGUGAACCUUGCGUUCGCAGAGGCUUCUAUGUCGGCUUUCAAUACCGUUAUUAACUUUGUGUAUGCCGUGCACAACGAGUGGUACUUCGGGCUUGUUUACUGCAGAUUUCACAACUUCUUUCCAAUAGCAGCUGUCUUCGCUAGCAUUUACUCCAUGACAGCAAUAGCCCUGGACAGGUACAUGGCUAUCAUCCACCCACUCCAGCAGCGCCUGUCGUCCACUGAGACCAAGCUGGUGGUAGGGGUGAUCUGGGCCCUUGCGCUGCUCCUGGCUUUUCCCCAGUACUAUUUUUCCAGCACCGCUCAGCUGCCAGGACGUGUCGUGUGCUAUAUCAACUGGCCGGAGUACAGCGUGUGGGAUUUUCAAAAGACGUAUUACGUCUGUGUGGUUGGGCUUAUCUACUUUCUGCCUUUGCUCAUCAUGGGUUGCGCUUACCUGGUGGUGGGAUGCACUCUCUGGGCUAGUGAGAUUCCUGGAGACUCUUCGGACCGCUAUCGAGAGCAGCUAACCGCCAAACGGAAGGUGGUGAAGAUGAUGAUUGUCGUUGUGUGCACCUUCGCCAUCUGUUGGCUGCCCUACCAUGUCUACUUCCUGCUGCACCAGUUCCUUCCCCACUUGUUUGAGGAACGGUACAUCCAGCAGGUGUACUUAGGAAUUAUGUGGCUUGCCAUGAGCUCCACCAUGUACAAUCCCAUCAUCUACUGCCUUCUCAAUGACAGGUUUCGAGCUGGAUUCCAGCAGGCAUUCUCCUGGUGUCCUUGUGUCCCUCAAGGCUCAUAUGAAGGUCUGGAGCUCAAGUCAACUCGCUAUCUUCAGACGCAAGCCAGCAUUUACCGCGCCAGCCGAAUGGAGACCACAGUAUCCACCGUGAUGCCGGUUACCGAAGGGGACCUUCAGGAGAAUACAAAUCGAUGUUCCAUAGAUCUCACAUCUAACGGUUCUUCACAAAGCGCCUCCAAGACUGUAUCAGAGUCAUCCAGCUUCUAUUCUAGCAACAAUUUAGCUUGAGAGGGAAUGUAGAAAAUACAUUCAGUGUUAAAGUACCAAUCCUGUGAGGAGAAAGGCAAUUGAUACACGUUCCAGGGAAUGUUCUAAUGUGAGAAACAACAAACCAAAACAGGUGUGAAAACAUCAUAGUAUAUCAGUCAACAUAACAUCGGAAGACUGUGGAGCAUUAAUGUUAUCGUUGUGUUUAGCCAACUUCACCCAACACAGAGUUCGCCCAUCAACUUACCCAAUCAGCAUUUGCUCCAGGAGCAAGUGGGUUUGUUUAGGAAAACUUGUCCAGCUGAUCUCCUUGACUACGAUCUGUCUGUCGUUACUGCUGGUUGUUGAAGAUACGACAUGAAGGGUUUGCACCUGUUGGUGCAUAUUACUGGACUACGAAGGCGACAAUGUAAAGGAUUUGUCUGGAAGGCAGAGGGUCAUGAUAUAUAUAGCACAGCGAGAGAGAGAAAAAUGGACUUUGUACUAACAUAGCUACUUCCAUUUAUAUCGCCGUUAAUUCUCUGUUAAAUCCAGAGUUUAUUAUUAGCAUGUUGUUGAGUAUCAGUCGCAGCUGCACUGACUUAGAUACAUUUUUUGGGGGUUUUUAGUCUUAUCAUUUUAAGACUAUCAUUGAAUGUAUACUUAAAUAACAGUGCAAUUUUUGUAAAUGAAAACCUAAGACUUGUUUUGUGGCAACCAACUGUAUUAUUUCAAACACAAAGUGUAAAACAGACAUUCAGGCAUAGAUAUUCAUAGAUAUUGUGCAUUGAAACUAUAAUUGCAUGUCUAUUUUAAUAUAUAUCUAGCUAUACAGCUUGUACAAAAGUUAUCUGUCAUUAUCAUUAUCAAAAUCUAGAUUCCAUUAUUUAGAUUAUUUUAAUUUGAGGUCCAUUUUCUCGCACUGUGGUUGUUGUACAUCUGUGUAUAAUAUCAUGAUGUUGUUUGGCGUGGCUUGUGCUCACUUUACAUGCCUUUUCAGCUCAAAAUUGUAGAGGCUCUUGCUUUGUUGGGCAGGUGUGAGAGCUGCUUUGAUGCCUGCAGAGGAACAAAAGAGCAGCGAUGUUGCACCUUUUGAACUGCUCUGCAGCUGCAUGCACUAGCAUGAUAUCUCAGCCCUCUUAAUGGACACAUGUUAAAACAGACAGAAGCACAGUACUGGUUAGACUUGCUUUUACAUAGUACAAAAAAUCACCAGCUGCAUGUUCUCAUCUGUUUACCUAUUUGAGUUGUGUUGUAUUCAUUGUCCCAACUGGAUUUUUAAAAGGCCAAAUAUUUUACCAUAAACUCAAUUUUUUGGGACCAUAAUUUGAAGGUUAUGCAUCAUAUAAGAUAUAUACACUGAAAAAUUUUUGUUAACAUACUGCAAUUUAAUUAUUACAGGUUUGCAUUUCACUGUUUUUACUCAGUCUAAGGAAUACAGAAUCUGUUUUGUGCAAGUAAGUAAAUGCAUGUUAACAUUGAGUCUAUAACUACAGUAGCAUCAUGUUUACACGGCAUGCAUAC